AUGUUUCAAUCUGAGGAAGAAUUUCUAGCACCAAGAUCGUCCGUCUUAGCAGAGCUAUGGACAUUUAUAGAACUAGCAAUACCAACGAUACUAGUGAACUUGGGAAUGAUUGCCAGUCCCAUGUUGUGUGCCAGUUUCAUAGGACGCAAAUUCGACACUGUUUAUCUGAGUGGUUUUGCGUUGGCCAACUUGACGGGGAAUCUGUGCACCUUUAGUCUACUAGCUGGACUAUUCAGUGCAUCCGAUACCUUGGGACCACAGGCUUUUGGAAAUGGAAAUUUCAAAGAAGUCGGACUGAUUGCCAUUCGUGGUUUGGCUUGUGCCACUGCCAUUUUACUUCCAAUCAACAUUUUCUUGGUCAACUAUCUCGAUAAUGUGUUGCUGGCUUUGGGGCAAGACAGGGAUGCUGUGGAACUUGCUGUGGCCUGGUAUCGCAUAUUUGUAUGGUCUUUUCCAUUUUGUGUGGUCUACAACGUCAUUUGGAAGUUUCUGUCCGCUCAGAACAUUAUGAGACCAAUGAUUGUUGUGUCAUUGGCAAGCUAUGGAAUUAUUCUGCCACUCGGCUUGGAGUUUCUAUCGGAACGGUAUGGCUUUCUGGGAUCCGCUUGGGCAUAUGUCAACUUUCAGGCCAUUCAAGCGAUUUCGUUGUUGGCGUACAUUGCUGUGAAACAGCCACAUGAUCACCGCACGUGGCCUGGAAUGUCAUCUUGGCGCCAAGCCAUCCUUGCACACAAACCUAUGAUGGAUUUUGCGGGAUUAGGAAUCGGUGGCAUACUCGCCCAGUGCGAGUGGGUCUUCUGGGAGUGUGCUGCACUAGUGAUUGGAUUAUUAGGUACUAUACCUUUGUCCGUCCACACAAUCCCAAGCCAAGUACUGAUGCUAUUGUGGUUGCCGCCACUGAGUGCAGGAACUGCCUUAUCCAUUCGAAUGGGCAUCACCAUGACUCACAGUGUCAAGAUGACAAAGAAAUUGAUUUUGAGCGCAACAGUCCUGAUCGUAUUAGCCGGUGCUGUGAUAAACACUAUCGUCUACCGGCACGCUAGGCCAAUCAUCCAAUUGUUCACAAAUGACCCCGAGGUUUUGGUGACUGCCGAAAAAAUGUGGUGGAAGAUGUGCACCUUCAGUCAGCUGUGUUCGCUGUUUGGAGCACUUUGUGGAAUAGCCACCGGGCUUGGAAUGCAAUGGACGUUAGCAUCGAUCAACUUGGUUUGGCUUUGGGUCUUUGGUUUGCCAAAUUUGUACUAUUUCACAAUAAUCCGUGAGGGGGGCUUGGAAGCUGCAUGGACAUGCAUCAACCUUCCGUACGCAGGAAUGGACCUAAGUUUACUGGUGACAUUUGCCUGUAUUAACUGGGAAAAGGUUGCAGAAGAGCAUCAACUGAAAUACACAACAGAUGACUCGAAUGACAAUGAGAUGGCUCUUUUGAAUGAUCCUCUCAGCAUCUACAGGACUAGCUCCUACGAUGUGAGAACAAAACGCCUUGUUUGA